GAGGGCCGCCCAGCCAUGUUGAGGAGUCUGUCAAGCAAACUGCAGCCCGCCAUUGUGUAGAACCAGGCUCUGUAGAGAGAUAAGGGUGCUUGGCUGAAACGCUUCAAUAGCUUGAUAAUUAUUUUACCCUGCCGCUUUUAUUUAGGAGUAAAUACAGUUACACAGGCUCCGGGGGGGAAAAGACAUGUCAGCCAGCAGUCUUCUUGAACAGAGACCGAAAGGCCAAGCUAAUAAAGUGCAAAACGGAGCUGUGACCCAAAAGGAUACUUUGAAUGACGAUGAAUUUGAGCCUUACCUGAAUACUCAGGCCAGACAGAGCAAUGCCUAUACGGCCAUGUCGGACUCGUACAUGCCCAGCUACUACAGCCCCUCCAUAGGAUUUUCCUACUCCCUGAAUGAGGCAGCAUGGUCCACAGGUGGGGAUCCUCCUAUGCCUUACCUGGCCUCCUAUGGACAGCUGAGCAAUGGGGAACCCCACUACCUCCCGGACGCUAUGUUUGGCCAACCAGGCCCCCUGGGGAGCAACCCAUUUCUAGGUCAGCAUGGCUUCAACUUUUUCCCCAGUGGCAUCGACUUCUCAGCAUGGGGUAACAACAGCUCUCAGGGACAGUCGGGGACACCGCAGAGCUCUGGCUACAGCAGCAGCUACGCCUAUGCUCCCAGCUCACUUGGAGGUGCCAUGAUUGAUGGACAGUCCCCAUUUGCACCUGCUGCCAACGAGCCCCUUAACAAGGCACCUGGUAUGAACAGCCUGGACCAGGGCAUGGCGGGACUUAAGAUAGGUGGUGCUGCUCCUGGUGGUACCGGGGACUUGGCGCCUAAGGUAGUUGGCUCUGGAUUACCCGGUGGGGGUCCACUAGGCCCUGUAUCAUCUGUUGGACCUCCCAGCAUGCCUCCUGUCUCAAUUGCCCCUGCCAAGCCUGCCUCUUGGGCUGAUAUUGCCAGCAAACCAGCCAAACCCCAGCCCAAGCUUAAAACUAAGGGUGGCAUGGCUGGUGCUAAUUUGCCUCCUCCGCCCAUUAAACACAACAUGGACAUUGGCACUUGGGACAACAAGGGCACAAUGCCUAAAGCCACCACUCCUCAGCAGGUGCCCCCUAUUCCCAGCAACGGGCAGCCGCCCAAUCAGGCUUCCCCGCAGCCUGGAAGUACUGCUGUGGGGAAUCCACAAAUGCCCCUGAGCAAUGGACAACUGGUUCCACCUGUUUCCCAGAUGGGUCAGCAUCAGCUUCCACCCACUGGGCAGCCAGGUAUGGGUCAGAUGCCCCAGCCUCCUAUCUCCCAGGGUGGUCCUCCUCCACCAAGCCAACAGCAACAACAAUCUCAACCUACCCGCUGGGUCCCACCACGGAAUAGGGCCAAUGGAUUUGGGGAUACGAGUGGGAGUGGUACAGGCCAGUCACCUCCCUCUUCUUCAGGAGUGGGUGUGGUUCCAGGGGUCCCUUCGGAGCCUCACCCAGUUUUAGAGAAGUUGCGUAUGGUCAACAACUAUAACCCGAAGGACUUUGACUGGAAUCCCAAGCAGGGCAGGGUGUUUAUCAUCAAGAGCUACUCCGAGGAUGACAUCCACCGCUCCAUCAAGUAUAACAUCUGGUGCAGCACGGAGCAUGGCAACAAGAGGCUUGAUGCAGCUUACCGUUCACUGGGUGGUAAAGGACCACUUUAUCUUCUGUUCAGUGUCAAUGGGAGCGGUCACUUCUGUGGUGUAGCAGAAAUGCGCUCACCCGUGGACUACAACACGUCUGCUGGCGUGUGGUCGCAGGACAAGUGGAAGGGUCGUUUUGAUGUGCGCUGGAUCUUUGUUAAGGACGUUCCCAACAGUCAACUGAGGCACAUUCGACUGGAGAACAACGAAAAUAAGCCAGUGACCAACUCUCGGGACACACAGGAGGUGCCACUGGACAAGGCCAGGCAGGUGCUAAAGAUCAUCGCUGGAUAUAAACACACCACUUCCAUCUUCGAUGACUUUUCUCACUACGAGAAGCGUCAGGAAGAAGAAGAGUGUGUGAAAAAGGUGGAGGUCCAAGGCAGUGAGCCAUAUCCCAGCAACCCAAACAACAGAAGUCAUUACAGGCUUCAGGAGCGCCAAGGACGAGUCAAGUAACAGUUGGUGCUUUGGUCAAAGACUGCAAUGGCCCCCUUAAAGCCCUCUACCCCAUUACGUCAUUACAUCCAGAUCUCUUAAAGAAAUUCUAAUAGGGGUGAAGAAUUAACAAAGGACAGAAACUAAAUGAAGACUUUGAUUUCUUUUGACUUUAAAGACUUACUUUGAACUUGUAGUAAAAAGAAAAGGAAACAAUUAUUCAUAGGACUACAACUAAAUGCAUAGCAUCCUUAGGUGAAUUUUUUUUUUUGCCCUCCCCCAUUCCACUACAUAUGCUUUCUCCCCUUGUAUGCUGCUUUUUUUCCUUUUUGAAAUGAAUGGAUCAGCUUGUUGUU